CCUGUUUAUUUUUCGCCAAGUGUUCCACCGACGACGCCGAAGAGAAUCGAUCGCUAGCUCGAAGGUCAUGUACAAGGAGCAUGCGGCUAGAUGUGCAUGUGCUAGGCACUGUUCAUCAAUCAAGCGACAAGGAAUCGGUCAAGUCCGGCAACGGCGGUUCCAAGGCAAACAAGAACGGCGACAAGGUGAAUAAGAGCGGCAACUCAGCAACCAGUGAUGGAGGAACGGGCGGCGCCAACGUACCGGUGCAUCGCAACAUCCCCAUCCAGUACCCGAUGCUCACCGAUGCCAACUACGGCGUGUGGGCAGUGAAGAUGAAGAUCAUUCUCCGAACCCUUCGAGUGUGGGAUGCCAUUACGGACGACGACGUCGACGAGGAGUGCGACGAAGGUGCCAUGGCCGCCAUAGCCCAGUCUGCGCCGGAUUCUGUGCUGAUGACAUUGGCGGAGUUUGAGACGGCAAGAGAGGCGUGGAAUGCACUCAAAGAGAUGAGGAUUGAAUAAAAUCGUGUCACGAAGGCUCGGGCACAAGUGCUGAAGCGCCAAUUUCACAAGUUGCAGAUGGAGAAAACUGAAUCGGUGAACGACUAUGCCA